AUGGUGCGGGCCUUGCAAGAUGAUGCGCCCAUCCUGGACGAGAUCGCGUCCGAGCAGGAGGGCAGGCUGACGGUGGCCAAGCUCAACGUGGACGAUGCACCGGACAUCGCCCGGCGGUUCGGUGUCAUGAGCAUCCCCACGUUGAUUCUCUUCAAUGAUGGCGAACCAGCCAAACGGGUAGUGGGAGCCAAGCCGAAGGCGGCUCUGCUGGGCGAGCUUGCCGAGUACCUCUGA